UAGUCAGCUGUUGGUGUUGUUUGCAUCAAUUAUUGCUUGUUUCUUAUAUUUCGUGGUUUUUUGAUAAAAAUGCAUACGUUGCGUUUACUAAGGGCUGCACAUAAUGAAAGUGUGUGGUUGAGGCGUCAAAAAAGAUACAAUUACCGGCAAACAAUGGAAAGUGUGGAAGAUAUGCCUGAGUUACUGUUUGUUGAACAUUUUCGUUUAAAUAAGAGCACCUUUCGGCGGCUUUGCAACGAUUUGCGUGUUCAUACGUCGCUAAGAGGAUCUAAAGAAAUCCCUUUGAAAAUUAAGGUGCUCACUGCUCUUAAUUUUUUAGCUACUGGUUCCUAUCAAAGGAUCGUGGGUGUUAGUCAAAAUUUAACACAAAGAACAACGAGCCGGUGUGUCCGGCAAGUCGUUGAUGCGCUCAACCACCCCACACUCAUGAGCAAGUGGAUUCAAUUUCCACAAACAGUACAAGAAAGAUCAUUAAUCAAAGAAGAAUUUCAAAGGAAGUAUAAUUUGCCAGGAGUGAUAGGAUGCAUCGACUGCACCCACAUUGCUAUAGUAAAACCAUCUGAAGAAGAGCAUGCUUUCUAUAACAGAAAAGGAUAUCAUUCCUUAAACAUUCAAAUGGUUUGUAUUUAAAUCUAGAAAUAUUAUUUCUGCUUUCAUAACUACCAAUUUUAUUUGAUACUACAUAAAAUUACAUUUUCAGGUAUGUGAUCAUAAUUUAAAAAUAAUGAACAUAAAUGCUAAGUUUGGUGGAGCAACACAUGAUUCCCACAUAUGGUCAUCGAGUCUCGUAGAACCCUAUAUGUGUCACCUUCAUGAAAGUGGUGAACAUGUUUGGUUACUUGGUAAGUAAGAUAUUAUAAGAGUAAGAUAUUUAUAAGAGACAUAUAUAUAUACCAUUAAAUAUAUAGAAGUAGUAUAACAUAGGUAAGUAUGCUUUAAAUCUUUUCUCAUUCAUAACUUCUUGCUUUCAGGGGAUUCUGGUUAUCCACAACGCCCUUGGCUUAUGACUCCAAUAUUAAAUGCUCCACAUGGGUCUCGAGAGGAAUUGUACACCACUCGUCAUGUACAAGCCAGGACAUGUAUUGAGCGCUGCUUCGGAUUACUUAAAACACGUUGGAGGUGUUUGCUUCGUGACAGGGUCCUUCAUUAUCAUCCCAACGUUGCCAGCAAAAUAACACUUGCAUGUUGUGUGCUACACAACAUCUCGCUUCAUGCACACUUGCCUGCUCCAAGUGAUAUCCCUGUUACUACUGUAGAUGAUAAUGAUGACUCCAGUACACAAACCACCCAAAGCACCACCACGGAGAAUCGAAAUGAAUUAAUCCGAGGCAGGGCAAUGCUCAAUUAUUUAAUAAGUAGAUUGUAGAUGUAGUUAAGUAUCUAUAUUUAUUAAUUAUUUAGCAUUAUAGCAUAUAUAUAAUUGUUCAACUGUGCCAAUAUUUGUACAGAGUUGUUAAAUAUUAAGUAUUGUUAGUUGUAUAGACAAAUAGUAAUGUAUGAAAUUUGACUAAAUGUUUCAUUUGUUGCUUGGUUGGAAAAGUAGAGUAAUGUGGUGUGACUAUUCAUUUUACAAGUUUUUUACUACCUUGCAAUGUUUGUAUGUUAGAUCUCACAACUUUUUGUUAUGUUUUUGGUGAGAUUGUUUAUAAAACAUUGAUUAAUAAAAUAGUCUACAUAAUUAUAGAGAUGACAUUUUGAUUUUUUUUAUUGUGUUUCACCAUUCACCUGUGCUAGUCCUAACUUAAUUGAGGUCAGCGGCGUAUGUGGUACUUUCCUUUCAUACUCUUUCAGCCAUCAUCUUAGUACCCCAUUCUGGAUGUUAUUAAAAUAAAAAAUGGUCAAAACAAGUGUUAUAAUAAUAAUAAUUGUUUAUUGCCUCUAAAAACACAGUUACAUAAGGUUAAAACAAAAGAAUAUUAUAAUUAUUGGAGACAAAAGGAGACAGCUCAGCUUUGUCUGUAACGAGAUACAGAUCUGGUACAGAGCUGUUUUUCAGCCGCUCCCUCCUCCCUGAGGUGUUGUGCGGGAGUCCAAAGUUGCAUGCUCCCCAUUUACCUGACUUAUACUUAAAAACUAAAUUACGUACAAGGUAAUUAAAUGUGAUAAUAAAUUUC